AUGGCUUCACGUGAAUACAAAAAUGACUGCAUAAUCUUUGAUGAUAGUUAUGAAGGAUAUUCAGCGAAGAAUUUCACUUUACCAGAACCCUAUGAAAAACAUAUUUCGACCAUUUUGAUUCCUGGAGGAAUGGUUCGGAGUCGUUUGGAAAGAAUGUCUAUUGAUAUAUUGAGUGAUUAUGAGAAAUGUGGUGUAAAAUCUGUCUACAUAAUUUGUAUAUUGAAAGGAGGCUUCAAAUUUGCUUCCGACUUAUUCAAAACAUUACAAAAGUAUUCAUUUACACGUGACAAUUACAUCAAAGUCAGUAUUGAUUUCCUCGCUGCAAGUACAUACGUCGAUGAUUCAGUAGGUCAUGAUACCAACAUCACCCCGUGUACAAAUAUGGAGAAGUUCAGAGAUAAGGAUGUACUGAUUGUGGAAGAUAUGGUUGACACUGGCACAAGUUUAAACGAACUGGAGAGAUUUGUGAGGAAAUACGAACCGAAAUCUGUUUAUUCUGCAUGUUUACUAGUCAAAAGAAUAGCCGAGGUUCCUGGAUAUAAACCAACCUAUGUUGGAUUCGAAGUACCGAAUGUAUUCAUAGUUGGUUAUGGCAUCGACUACAACGAUCAGUUCCGUGAAUUGCCACAUGUGUGUGCAGUGAACGAUGAAGGCAAACGUGAAUUCCUUGGCAAAGGAGGCUUCAAAUUUGCUUCCGACUUAUUCAAAACAUUACAAGAGUAUUCAUUUACACGUGACAAUUACAUCAAAGUCAGUAUUGAUUUCCUCGCUGCAAGUACAUACGUCUUUGAUGAUAGUUAUGAAGGAUAUUCAGCGAAGAAUUUCACUUUACCAGAACCCUAUGAAAAACAUAUUUCGACCAUUUUGAUUCCUGGAGGAAUGAUUGAGAAUCGUUUGGAAAGAAUGUCUAUCGAUAUAUUGAGUGAUUAUGAGAAAUGUGGUGUAAAAUCUGUCUACAUAAUUUGUAUAUUGAAAGGAGGCUUCAAAUUUGCUUCCGACUUAUUCAAAACAUUACAAGAGUAUUCAUUUACACGUGACAAUUACAUCAAAGUCAGUAUUGAUUUCCUCGCUGCAAGUACAUACGUCACAUGUCUACGUGUUUUGAAUUCAUUUUCUUAUUCGUUUGGUUUCACUGAUUUACAAAACGUUCGUGAAGGAGAGAAAGAGAAGCCUACUAGUUCCCAUUUUGCGUUCAACUGCCCAUUUAGCUAA